CACCUCCUUCCCCCCCUCUCUUCUUUGAUCCAUUAUCCCGUUCCCCUUUCUAUCUAUCCAUGAAACCCUAACCCUAAAAAUCCUAACUUGAUCUCCCAUGGCUCCUCGCAAGAGAUCCUCUUCAAAGAAAUCGAAUCAUACAGUUGAGCAAUCGCAGCCCUCCAAGUUCGGGAUCCAGCACUUCUUCGAGCGCCACUCUCAGGCUAACUCCGCCUCCCAAAACCCUAACCCUAAUCCCAACCCUAAUCCCAAUGAAGCUAAGAACGCCGCCCUCACCGUCGUUGCCGAGGAGGACUCGUCGCCGAUCUCGCCGGAGAUCACCAAAUCGAUUCCUCACAAGCGAUUCAAGUUCUCUCCUGGAAUGUUGAUUAAGCAAAGCCAAGACGAUGGGGGAGACGAAAUUACAUGGAAGAUCUCGCCAGUAAAUGAGCGGUUAAAAUCGCUCACUUCCAGGCAAUUGCCGCGGAUGAUGAAGAUUUUGGCCGAUCAUCCAAGGUCGAUCACCUCAACGCUCCACCCAUGUUCGGGGAACGAGGACUCUUCUUGCUCUGCUGGAAAAUUAGAACGGUGGCUUUCUUCUCCGACCGCCAUGGCACUGGAUAAGUCUUUGACGUCCUCAAGAAGAUUUUCUACUACUGAGAGUGAGGUUGGUACCAUUCAAGUGAGCAAUCAUGGAUCAGGUUCUCUUGAUGUUACUGAGUCUAAGGGUCCGUUUCACACCCCACCCUCUCUGCCUUAUGGUCCCCAUCAGCUACAGUUAGUAGGUGCUGGUGCUGGUGCUGGAGUAACAAACCAGCCUGAAACUCGACAGUAUCGGAAGCAACUGCUUGAACUUCUUGAUCAAGUAGAAGAUGCAAUUACAGAAGAUCCAGAACCUACCCUAAAUUCGUGUGAGCAUCUCAGUGCCACUAAUGGCAAGCUAGGAAUACAAAAUGACCUUAACCAAGGAAAUGCUGUAGAUGCUCCUGAAAAGGCUAAUCAUGAUUUGAAGGAUGAAAGUUUUCUUGUAUUGGAGGUCUCUGAAAAACAUAAAAGUGAUGGCCCAAAGUGUAGUCAGAACCCAUUCAAGGUCCUUCGCUUAUUGAAUGAAACAAGUGGCCAAGAGCGGGUUUUGCAUUUAUGCAAUGAGUGGUUUUAUAGCUUGAUUGGACCCGGCGAUACGAUAAAUGUUAUUGGGGAGUUCGAUAACCAGGGAAAAUGUGUUAUUGACCAUGACAACAACCUCUUGAUCAUUCAUCCGGACAUACUUGUAUCUGGAACACGGGUUGCUUCUAGUUUCAAUUGCCCAAGGCGUGCUGUUCUAGAUGAGAGGCUUAAAUGCUCUGAGCAUUCUGUUGCUGCAUUAAUUGGUACAUUGCUUCAUCAGAUUUUCCAGGCUGGUCUUGUUAAAGAUUCACCAACGAGACACUUCUUGGAAGAGUAUGCUGGAACAGUGCUUCACAACAGUAUUGAAAACUUGUAUGCAUGUGGAGCCAGCGAGACUGAUGUUUACUCAACACUUACUGAGGCGAUUCCCAAGAUAUUAAAUUGGCUAAGAUAUUUCAAAGCUCAAGAGGAACUGAACGGUGCCACUGUUGAUUUUGGCCAAUGUGAGGGGCAGAAAUCUAUUCAUGUGUCUGAGGUUAUUGAUAUUGAGGAAAUGGCAUGGGCACCAAGAUAUGGAUUGAAAGGAAUGAUUGAUGCAUCUCUUCGCAUAAUAAUGAGUUCAAGUUGUGGUGAUUCAUACAAGAAAAUUAUGCCUUUGGAGUUUAAAACUGGCAAAGGAACUACUGGUCAGUCUGCAAUGGAGCAUUGUGCCCAGGUGAUACUGUACACCCUUCUGAUGUCUGAUCGAUACUUGAAAAAGGAUAUUAACUCAGGCCUUCUGUAUUAUCUUCACACAGACCAGACACUGGGGAUUAAGGUUCAAAGGUCUGAUGUGGUCGGUCUAAUUAUGCGCCGGAAUGAGCUUGCAACUGAUAUUUUGAAGGCAUCAAGUACACAAAACCUUCCCCCAAUGAUACAGAAUCUGACCAUGUGCAAAGGUUGUCGUCAUCUUAAUAUUUGUACUGUCUAUCACAAGGCUCAUGGGGGCAACAAAGAGAGUAGCGGACUUGGUGAUUUGUUUGAUGAACAUGCCGAUCAUUUAACUGCUGCACAUAACAAAUUUCUUAGGCAUUGGGACCGACUCAUUGACCUGGAAGCUAAAGUUUCUCUGGUCUCUAGGCAAGAGAUAUUACAUCCACGUAAUAUAAGAGACCGCAGCACAAACAGCCUUUCUCCUCUCAUUCUUGAUGUUUCAAGUGGAUUCUCAAUAGAUGGCUGUAUGAAAGAUGACAGGUUCAUAUAUAAUUUUAUCCGGCAGAAGUCGCCACAUUAUGAUUCUAAAAUGCCUAACAGGGAGAACAUUGACCAUUCCACACUUGGAGCUAGCAGUCCGGCUUGUACACUUAGAUGUGGUGACCGUGUGAUACUUAGUACGGAAUCUGGGCGCACGGCAGUUGCAAAUGGAAUCAUAUGCGAUAUUGAUCACAUAAAUGUUUCAAUAUCUUUUACUCGACGCCUAAGGCUACCAGGCAGUGACUUUUCGUCCGAGAGGAGCAAUCUUACUCGUGAAGUUUGGCGGAUUGACAAGGAUGAUGUUGCUUCAUCAUUUGCCACCAUGAGAUUCAACCUCAUUCAGCUGUUUGUUCAGAGAUCUCAUAGUUUGCAUCUCAGGAAAAUGAUUGUUGACCUAGAGGCACCUAGGUUUGAUAGUGCAGGAGUAUUUAGUCAAGAUCCUGCACUAUCAUAUGUCCGGUCGGAGAAGAGUAUAAAUAAUGAUCAACGCAGAGCUGUUCACAAGAUACUUUCUGCGAAGGACUACACUCUUAUCCUAGGGAUGCCUGGGACGGGUAAAACGUCUACAAUGGUACAUGCUGUAAAGGCAUUGUUGAUAAGAGGGGCUUCAAUUUUACUCACAUCAUACACAAACUCAGCUGUAGAUAAUCUGCUUAUCAAAUUGAAAGCCCAGGGCAUAGACUUUAUACGUAUUGGUAGGCAUGAAGUUGUUCAUGAUGAUAUCCGGGAUCAUUGCUUGUCAGAGAUGGAUAUAGGCAGUGUACAUGACAUUAAACAAAGGAUGGAACAUGUACCUGUUGUUGGAGUCACUUGCUUGGGAAUCAAUCAUCCUUUACUUGCAAAUAAGAAAUUUGACAUUUGUAUAAUGGAUGAAGCUGGGCAAAUUACACUUCCGGUGGCAUUAGGACCUCUAAUGCUUGCUUCAACAUUCGUUCUUGUUGGAGAUCACUACCAACUUCCUCCACUGGUUCAGAGUGUAGAGGCUCGGGAGAAUGGAAUGUCCAUUAGCUUGUUUUGCAGACUAUCAGAAGCUCAUCCCCAGGCCAUUUCAGCUUUGCAAUGCCAAUACCGCAUGUGCUCUGCUAUAAUGGAACUUUCAAAUACGCUAAUUUAUGGAAACAGAUUACAUUGCGGCUCUUCUGCUAUAGCAAAUGCCAAGCUGAAGUUCUCCGAUGCAGCAUCUAGUUCAUUAUGGUUAAAACAGGUUUUAAAUCCAGAUAAACCUGUAAUUUUUAUCAAUACAGGUCAAUCUUGCGAUCAGUUGCCUGCAUUAGAGGUGAAGGAGCUAAAAACUGUAAACAAUCCAAAAGAAGCUUAUAUUGUCUCAGAGAUCACCAGAGAGUUAGUGAAGAGAGAUAUCCCUCAUGAUGAAAUUGGGAUUAUUACCCCUUACAAUUCACAGACUAAUCUCAUUCGACAUCUGCUUGAUGCUUCCGUGGAGAUUAACACCAUCGACAAAUACCAGGGAAGGGAUAAGGACUGUAUACUGCUUUCAUUUGUCAGAUCUAGUGAGAACCCUGGGGCAUAUAAUUCUUCCCUACUUGGAGACUGGCAUAGGAUUAAUGUUUCUAUCACACGUGCAAAGAAGAAGUUGAUCAUGGUUGGAUCAUGCAGAACACUUUCGAAAGUCCCAUUGUUGAAGUUAUUGAUAGACAAGGUUGAUGAGCAGGGAGGUCUAUUUUGCAUCUCCAACGAGGAUGUUUGGCAAGUAGCAGAGCUCAAGAAAUGCUCUCAAACUACUGCAAAAUUAUUAGCCUCGAGUUUCACCUGAGGAAUUUUGUAUCUUCAUUUCUCCUUUCCACGUGGAAAUGUAAUUAACUUGCCGGUCUAUUUUCCUAAAAAUUACUGUGAUUAUUGUUGUAAUUAGUGUAUUCUAUUCCUUCUAUUCCAUGUAACGUGCCAUCCUUUUUUAUAGAUAAAUAAGCAAGUGAUUAUAAUA